AUAAAGAUUAAAAAGUGUCAGUCUGAUUUCACACGAGCCCCAGUCAAAAUUACCCCAGAAAAUUAAUAAGCAUCGAAUCCACUGCGGGAAUAAUUAAAAAUUAUAUUUUGUAACCUUGUCUCCGGUUGUAAAUUUUAGUGGAAUCUAAUAAAUAACAAUUAAAUACAAAAACACGUAAAUAGAAUAUGCAUGUCCGUUAUCAGUCUUGAGCUCAGAACAGCUUAUAUCGCAGUUGAAUUUACCUGUCGAUUUAAGUAAGCAAUCGAAGAAACAGUCAGAGAACAUUUAUCAAAUAAAAUGCAUGCCAGAGUGUUUCCUUCGCUGGUGUUUCUGCUGGGUCUUGCGGGCAUAAGUAACUCACAGUUUGGAGACUGUGAUUAUGAACAAACUAUAGCCGCAAAGCAAUCUUACUAUAUAUUCACUCCAAAUUAUUUGAAUGGAAAUUAUUUACCUGGAACUACUUGUCGAUGGAUUGCUACAAGUGACCGUCCAAUAAAGAUGACUUGUAAUCCUUUUUCACUGCCUGCGAGCCCUAAUUGUACUAGUGAUGUCGCUAUAAUUCAAACAUCAACGAAACGUCCUGGCCAACGUUACUGUGGUACGGGUACUUUUGAAGUUGAGUCUGAAGAAGGAAACAAAAUAGUCGUGUCAUUGUACAGCUCUCCAUUAUCAAGGACGGGUGGAAAAUUUUAUUGCACUCUUGAAACAGUGAGCAAUGAUACAGAAUGCAAUUGCGGAUACAAAAACCCGACACGAAUUGUCGGUGGAACGGCUACUGGCGUCAAUGAGUAUCCAAUGAUGGCAGGACUCGUUGACAUCAUCAAUGAAAUUGUUUUUUGCGGCGCGACUAUUAUCAAUAACAAACAAGUAUUGACUGCAGCACAUUGUGUCAUUGGAAGAAAUCCCAAAGAUGUAGGAGUCUUGGUCGGCGAUCAUGAUAUUUCAAAAUCGACUGAAACGAACGCCGCCAAGUUGUUCAGAGUCUCAAGGAUUGAUAUACACCCAUUGUUCUCAAAGAUUUCUCUGGAUUAUGAUAUAGCGAUGGUCACCAUUAACGGGACGAUAAUGUUCAAUCAACAAGUAGGACCUGUUUGUCUUCCUUUUCAGCAUGCACCGGAUACCUUCGCAGGAAAUUAUGUAGAUUUACUUGGCUGGGGUUCUCUCAGUAUCGCUGAACGUCAGCCUUCUGUACUGCAAAAAGUAAAAGUAAGUGUGAUAACAAAUAAAAAGUGUAUGGAAGUUUACGGUAAAAUUGGAUCAAGACAACUGUGUACACUUGAAGAAGGCAAAGAUGCCUGUCAGUUUGAUAGUGGGGGUCCAGUAUUGUGGCAAAAUCCUUCAACAAGAAGAAUUGUUUGUAUUGGAAUGAUCGGCUACGGUGGUUUGUGUGCUGAUGGAAAUCCAACUGUUCAUUCUAAAAUCGGGGCGCAUAUAGACUGGAUAAGAACACUAACGCCUCAAGGAUACAGAUAUUGCGAGGAGGAAUAAAAAAUAUAAAGUUAUAAAUGUUAAAUAUGAUGACUAAAUAAUCUAUAAAAGUUUAAUCUGUUAAUUUAUUUAAAUUAAAUUAUUUAAAAUAAAAAAUAAAAAUUUCUUGAAAAUUA